GAAUUGGUUUUGUGCUGCACAAUACUAAUACAUGAUAUAUCUGAAAGAAGACGAGAAUUGUUUUGGGAACUUGCGUUGGUUUAUAUCCUGGUUUUUAUUGAAAAUGAAGGUAGAAAUAAAGCUCGUUGCUACGGUCAUUCUAGGAGUAUGUUUUAUCAGAGCCACCAGUGCUACGUCUUGUUACACUUGCUGGAAAACAACAAAUCCAUUCUUCUGUUUCCCAACAAAUUGCUUAGAAACGACAUCAUGUUUCACACAAGCAUGGAUUGAGGACGGAUAUAAAUAUUAUCAAAAGGGCUGUUAUCCUGUUACUACGGCAACGUGUGACGUAAUCUCUGAUAGAUUUUGCACAAAUACAAAUACUUUUGAAUGCUGUGAUGGAGAUCUGUGCAAUUUUGAUGACCCGCUGCUGAACUGGGCACCAAAGACACCCUCGAACAUAAUGCCAGUGGUAGGAACGAAUUCCAUCGUCUUAUCCUGGGAUCCAGUUUGUAUUGGUGAUUACACGUACGAAGUGGAGUACGCAGAAAUGAUCGGAAAUGUUGUGCUGAGUUCAUUGUACACGAUGGCUUUCCAGAACAGUGCCGUUAUCCAAUCACUUUCGCCUGGAAAAAGCUACUCGAUCAAAGUUCGUUCUGUGUGGUCUGGACUACAAAGUUUGCCCGCGAAUAUUGCUUUAGCAACUCAUUCUGUAACGCCAACAGCACCAAGCGAUGUGACGACGAUUUCUCCAAUGGCAUCCAGAUGUUGGAUAACUCCUAAUUAUCUUGAUGCACCAAGCACUCUUGAAGUUUGUUCAAAUGCAAAUGAUUUUUGUUUUUCCCGCGUGGAAUAUUUGGCUAACACUUCUGUUAUACUCGCAUCGAGAGGUUGCAUGACGCAGUCUAGAUGCACAGAAGUUGAAAAAGAAAACAAAGAAACAUGCUUACCGGGAAGCAUUGGAAAAUAUUGUCAUUUUUGUUGCAAAGGAAUAUAUUGCAAUACCGUGGCAUGGACAUCUUCUGGUCUCACCUGUGAAAACAUUCCAGUAGAAGGAAGAUUGUUAUGUGGCUGGAGUGGGAUCAGCGUAGAAACAUGCAUGCAAUUGGGAUGUUGUUAUCUUCCUUCAAAUGACACAACAGCAUGGUGUCACCAUGGUAAAUAUCCCGGUGGAGAUGACGGUGGGCCGAACGUUGCAGGGCUUGCUAUUAGUGUUUGGUUGAUUAUUUUGAUUGUGAUAAUUAUUUUAAUUAUCAUUCUCAUCAUAGUUAUUGUUACGUACUGCUGUAUUAAAAGGAAACGAGAGCGAGCGAAAGGAUCUUACGACGUGUACGCGGUUCCAAAAAGGCGGGAAGAUAGAGAACUGAGAAUCAGCACAGUUGCAAGACAAGUUUACGACAGGACUGUCAUUGAAGAUUGACAUUGGAAACUGCAUCGAUUAUCGAAACGACGUUUGCGGUACAGAAUAUACCACAAUAUCUGUGUCAAAUGUACAUUCGAAAUUCUCCUUGAUGGCAAAAUAAGAGGAUAAAUAAUCCAAUGAGAAACGUACACCGCGACCUUUUCAACGCCAAAUUCGAACUCAUCGCUAGGCAAUCAAACGAACAUGGAUUUGCAUAAAAUUGAUCUUAACUAUUGCUCCAUUUUUACUUUAAUAAUUGUAGCUUUUACUAUUUUCCCAAACUUUAUAUUAUUUGCACUGAUAGCAAUAAACUUGAUUUUGUAUCCAUCAAACGUACAGCUUAUUGCAAAAAGACCGCGCUUUCUGCGCCGUGUUUCGGCCACCCGUAGCACACCGCAUUCCUCACGAAUAUUUUAUAAAAUUAUACGGAACUUGCAAUUUACUGAGUAACUUGAAA